CAGUAAACAAGCACCGGUUGGUGAUUAUAUGGCAAGGAAAAUUAAUAGCGACAGGUCAGUCGAUCGACCGCACUGAGAAUCAUCACAGAUGCUAUAUAAACACACGGCUCAAAUCCUACCCAGUUAAAUCUCACAGCAUAUCAGUCACAAUCCAGUAUCUAAUCAGUGAUCACUAGCCAAGUACAUCUAGCCUGGGCACUGUUCAUGUGCCAGUGCCUCUAGAGAGCUAGCCAGCAAGCUUGAAUUCUAGCUUCUUCAGAGCAUGGCAGCUAUUCUCAUCUGCUUAGCCUUCAUGGCUUUCGCCGCUGGCACCGGUGCCGGCUCCUCCGGGGAGCUCACAGCCGACUACUACGGCGAUUCGUGCCCGCAGGCGCUGGCGACCAUCAAGUUCGUCGUGGGCGCGGCCAUCCUCAAGGAGCCCCGGAUGGGCGCCUCCCUCGUCCGCCUCCACUUCCACGACUGCUUCGUCAACGGGUGCGACGGGUCCGUUCUGCUGGACGACACGGACGGCAUGGUCGGGGAGAAGACGGCCAAGGCCAACAACAUGUCGGUGCGAGGGUUCGGCGUCAUCGACGCCAUCAAGGCGGCAGUCGACACGGCCUGCUUGGGCACCGUCGUCUCCUGCGCUGACAUCCUCGCGCUCGCCGCCCGUGACUCCAUUGUCGCUCUGGGAGGGAGCUCGUACGAGGUGCCGCUAGGCCGGCGGGACGGGACGACGGCGAGCAAGGACGCCGCAGACGCCAGCAUCCCGAACCCAUUCAUGGACCUCCCAGAGCUCCUAGCAACCUUCCACGCCCAGGGGCUGACACUCCGGGACCUAGUCGUGCUCUCGGGCGCGCACACGCUGGGCUACUCCCGCUGCGUCUUCUACCGGAGCCGCCUCUACAACGAGACGUCCACCCUGGACCCGGCCUACGCGGCGUCCCUCGACGAGCAGUGCUCGCGCGACGGAGGCGAAGAAGACCAAGAGGCGCUGGCGGCGCUCGACGACACGCCGACGACCAUGGACACGGAGUACUACGCCGGGCUCAUGAACGGCCACGCGCUGCUGCACACGGACCAGCAGCUGUAUAAUGGGGAUGGGGGCAAGAGUGAUGGGAUGGUGAGGUAUUAUGCUGAGAAUCAGGAUAAGUUUUGGGAGGAUUUUGGGAAGGCUAUGGUGAAGCUGGGGAACUUGAGCCCGCUCACUGGCGAUGAAGGCGAGGUCAGGGAGUACUGCCGGGUCGUGAACAGCCAGGAGUGAGUGAUCGGUCGGUCUAGCUGGGCGGCUGCAGGCUUGGCCGUCGAGGAUAUGGCAUGUGUUUGUCUGUUUGGUGUUAGGAAAGUUCAGCUGCGGGUUUUGGUGGGUGAUUUGCGUUGCAAUGUAUGUGUUGUGUACUUAUUUGAUUUUGACACGGCUGGAAAUAUAAGGAGUUGUCUGAUUUUGAUUUUUAAGUUA